AUGUCAACUUCGAGAGAGCGCGGCAGCACGGCCAACGACAGCAGCAGCACCGACGUCGAGGUCAACCAGGCGCAACUCCCGCAAAUCAGCGAGAAGCAGAUACAGAGUCCUCCAGAUGGCGGCCUGACGUCUUGGCUUGCUGUGCUUGGGGGUGCUUGUAUCUAUUUCAGCACUCUAGGCUACGCCAACUCCUUUGGGGUGUUUCAGCAAUACUAUGAGACUCAUCAACUCGCGGGUGAUACUCCAGAUAAUAUUGCUUGGAUUGGAUCGCUGGCGAACUUUUUGCAGUUUGGAUUUGGAGCCUUCACUGGUGCCUUGUUCGAUCGCCUGGGACCAUGGAUAAUCUACCCCGCCGCAGUGGUCCACGUCUUCACCUUCAUGAUGAUUAGUCUCUGCAAGACAUACUGGCAGUUCAUGCUGGCCCAAGGUGUCCUGCUCGGCAUCACGCAGGGAGCAAUGGUGGUGCCUGCCACCGCUGCCGUGUCACAACACUUUGCCAAGAAGCGAGGUCUGGCGAUGGGCCUCACCGUGGCCGGCUCCUCGGUCGGGGGCAUCGUCUUACCGAUCAGUCUGUCAAAGAUGCUCAACGGCUCGACGCUGGGCUUUGGCUGGUCCGUCCGAGUCAUCGGUUUCAUCCUCGUCGUGCCUAUGGGCAUCGCAUGCCUGACCGUUCGGUCCCACCAAGUAUCCCAGAAGCUCCCUUUUCAUCCCCGAGAAGUCAUCAAAAACAAGAGCUAUCUCAUACUCACGGGCUCGUUGUUUAUCGUCCUCCUGGGCAUGUACACGCCUCUCUACUACCUGCCGUCCUACGCCGUCGCGCACGGCAUGGAUCCCACUCUGUCUUCCUACCUUCUGGCCGUCUUCAACGCCGCGUCCACCAUUGGCCGUAUAAUCCCGGGCAUCGCGGCAGAUAAGAUAGGCCACUUCAACGUCUACGCCUCUGCAGGCGUGGCCACGGGCAUCGUCACGCUCUGUUGGAGCAAGGCUACCAGCAGUGCCGGCAUCAUUGUCUGUACUGCUUUUAUCGGCUUCACGUCCGGGACUAUCUUGUCUGCUGUCGCCUCCACCUUUCCGCUUUGCCUCAAGGACCCGCGGCAGACCGGCAUCUACAUGGGUAUUGGCUUGGCUUUCGCCUCGCUGGCGUCGCUGAUUGGCCCUCCCAUCAGUGGUGUGCUGCUUCGCGAGUAUGGUGGAUUCGGUCCGCUGACGUACUUCAGUGGUGUGGCGUGUCUGGUUGGAGGUGUCGUGGGUGCGUUGUGCAAGUUGACUUUUCCUCAGGGCCUGCUCGGGAAACUAUGA